CGUAUUUACCAUAAGAUUAGGAAGGUCCACAAACACUGAGGAGCACCAAGAUAACGGACGGAACACAUGAUUGAAGUACGGAGAUGGUGUUGACGCUACGGCUUUCCGUCUAGGAGUAGACCUCAAGUACCAAGGAAGUAGGUCGACAAGCCAGAAGCUGCACUGCGUCCACGUUGAAGCGUGACGUUUAGAACGUCACGCUUCAACGUGGACGCCGGCGCCUCAACGUUUGGGGCAUUGGGGGACAGCCGCCAGGGGGGAGGGCUGCCCUUCCCGCCGCCUCUGUUCCUUGCUGCGGUUGCGCCGAUGCCCCGCACCCUCGCCCGCCUUUUUUGCGGCUUUUGCGCGGUUCUCGGUGCCCCUUCCGGCUAGGCUAUCACACCGGCCGGGGCAUCAUUCCGAUCGUUGAGGCCGCCCGCUUUUCGUCAAAGCGCUAGAGCGUUUAGUAGAAAACUCUUAGAGCAGCGGAAAGUGUAGACGUUGGUAUUACAGCCAAGAUCGGCGCGGUUUAGUGUGCUCUUCCUUAGGGCGGCAUCUAGUGAUCGCACACACGGCAGUCCUCGACGUGUCAUACGUCCACAGCCGUACCGCCGAACUCUCCAAAUAUUUUGGAUGGAAAACGAAAUGCUGGAGCCUCAUCUUCGUCGCGCAGCAACUGACUGCCUUCUACUCGAUCGCGAUUCUAUCGGGAUUUCGUUUGAUUUGACGUUCAAGAUCAUCUCCGAUAGGAUAGUCCUCAUUCCACGCUUUUCUCUCCUAGCUUUUCUACUCGAUCCCUUCCAUUCCAAAGCUUUCUACUCUAUCCCCCUCCAUAUGUAGGGAGGACAUCUUUCAGUUUUCUAGGACAUCAUCGCCAAGAAUGGUCGGCCACUCCAGUCGCAAAGGUCGUGGCUUGGCCGGGAUCGAAGGAAUCCUCCAGCCGCGCGGCCGGCAUUGAGCCGUUUUUCCAGGUCAAGGGAAGAAAACGCAAGGGGCCUCACUGCCUCCGCUUUGAUUGCUAGUCUUGGUGGACAAAAGAAGGGAGUUAAGCGCCGCGACUCGAUCAUAGAUCAUAUGACGAAUAAAUGAUGAACCACGCGCAGCGUAGAUUCACUCCUGUCCAGUGAUCCAAUAAAUUGCCUUUACAAUCUUGAGAGAGAUCCUGAAGGAAGCACAAGGAAAGCAAUGACCUAAAUGAUCCCGGUACUUGGUGCCAAACCUGACCAGAGUCAAGUAGCUAAAUACGACCUAACUAGGCCCCUGACCUAGUCCAGACAUAGGGACGAACCUGACGGGAGUCAACCACCAAAAUGACCCCAAAAGUGACCACCUUGAUGACUCGAAUCACGUACGACCCAAAUACGUACAGGCCUUGGGUUAUAUUGCACACCGUGAACGCUAAGAAUCUGCCCAGUAGUUAGGGGAUUAGCCUCAUCAGUACGGCGAUCCCUAAAGGAGAAACCUACUACAUCCCUGUGGGUUUUGUUCUCAACUGGUAUUGAGUCUUCUCUGUGUGGUUCGUCUUCGCACUUUCGCUUCGCAGAGUUAUGAGCCCAAAACACACUCUAAGCGACAUUUAAGAAAACUAACUAAGCGGCCACACAGUAGUAAAAAAUGAGCACCACCAGCGGCAGUAGCAAGCGGAAAAAGCAAAAGAAGAACAAGAGCGGGAUGAACGGCGGAAACAAGAAUACCGGAGCCGAAGGGCAGCAGGCUGCCAUCCAGCAGCCGGAAACCACAGCGCCGCAGACUCCUCCUGGCGACAAAAACAAGAACCCCCCGACCCCGAGCACUGGUGGGAGCACCCUCGGCGUUGCCGAGCGUGAGGAACCCGUGAAAAAUAAACAGGAGUUGCAGAAUUUGGCGCAGCAGAAGCACAACCUCGAGCAGAGCUACUUGCAUCUCGACAACGAGAAAACCAAUAUCGAGAACAACUGCAAGCAGCUGCAGGAUCAGGCGGAAGCCGCUAAACUGCAGGCGCAGCAGGCAGAAGAACAGCGCGAGAAUGACCGCGCCGAGCUGCAGAAGCAACUCAACGACGCAGCGGAGAGGGCGGAGUCGGAGCGCGAAAAAGCCGAGGAGGAACGCCUCCAGAAGGAGCGCGAAAAGCAGCAACUGCAGGAACAAGCCAACGCCGCGAACCAAAUGAAGUGGGACCGACCUGCAGAACCAGCUCUCCCAGGCGAAAAAGGAGAAGGAAGAGCAGCUUGCCAAAGUCCAGGAGCAGAAGAAUCGCAGCCCGGUGCGCAACAAGAAGAAGAAAGACAAGAAGCGCAGGCGGUCCUCUUCAACUUCUGGAAGCUCGUCUUCCGAUUCCAGUUCUAGUAGCGGGAGAGAGGACGACGGUGAGAAAAAGAAGAAGAAGAAAAAGCGCAAGAAGGACAGCAAAAACGCAUUGACCAACCAAGGUCCCCAACUUCGCCGAGAGUUCCACGAUGCCCAUGUGGGAAUGGUUGGAGAUUUGUGGCGAGAAGCAUGACGCGAAAGACGUCAAUUGCGAAUGUCGAGGGCAAGAUCUCCUGUGUCGACAUGUUGCGGACCUACCGGGCCAUCACCAAGCGGCCCGAGGUGAAAGACAUCCGGAGCGCAGCUGAAAAGCUCGACCGGAUCUGCGACAUUUUCCGUGAGGAAUAUGGCGACGAGGAUCUUUUGGCGGAGGAUUUGGGGAAGUGCACUAUGGACCCGAAGAAGCAGACGCCUUCCGAGUGGUUCCGCGAAUUCCAGCAAAAGCAUUCUGCUUUGCCAGCUGGAGCAAUCGCUACGCGCGAGGUGAUCCGUGUUGCCCGUCGCAACUGUACGGAAAUGGUGCGCAAGACCAUUAUCAACGACCGCCCCAAGACCCUCUCCGAGCUUGCGACCAGCAUUGCAAAGGCGCAGGCGCAGUGGAAGCCCCCUGCCGAGCGUGAAAACGCUGAAGGAGCUUUCUUCGUCGGCAGGAAAGGCAAGGGCGGCGGAAAGCACGGCCAGAAGACCGGAAAGGGCAAAGGCAAGAAGGGCGACCGUGUUUGCCAUUAUUGCAAGCGCUCCGGCCACUUCAUUGCCGAAUGCCGUGACAAAAAGCGCGACGAAGCAGACGGGAUUUACAAGAAUGGCAGGUCGUACGCCACGACCACGAAGUCGACCAACGGCAACAACCACCAGAACCAGGGAAACCACAAUAACCAAGGCGGACAGCCGCAGCAACAGCAGCAGCAGCAGGCGCACCAGCCGCAGCAGCAGCAGGUGUGCCCACCGCCGCAGCAGCAACAGCAGAGCAGCUUCCCGGUCCAGCAGGUGUGGCAGCCGCCGCAGCAACAAAAUGGCUAUGGGCACUACGUGGCAGCCCCCCCCGUGCAUUGAAAUCGCUAACAAGUCCGAGCACUUGCAGCGUUUUGCGACACAAACUGCCCACGGUGCGAAUGUGGCAGACUACAUCCUGUUGGUGGACUCGUGUGCGAGCCGGCAUAUGAGUGGCGACUUAAGUUUGUUGCGCUCUUUGCGCCCGGCCGAUACGAAGCUGACUUUCUCGACUGCGAACGGCUUAUGCGAAAGUCGUACCGUCGGAGACAUGUGGAGCCCGACGGGUUGCAUGUUCAAGAACGUGGUCUGCGUGAAGUCCCUGGGUUCGAAGACCCUGUUGUCUCUCGAUCUUUUGCGGAAGAACGGCUUUCCGGUAUCCAUCGACAACGUGAAUUUCUUCAACAGGUUCCCUAUGCAUAUCCUGGGAGGAUGCACCACGGUCAAGAUUCCGAUGCACGUGGUGGCGAAUCCGGUGGAAAAGUGCUUUGUCACGAACACGCAGGAGCUUAUGGAGUCACUCUGGUGCACUAAUUUUGACCAUUUCACUAGCUUUGUUGGUUUUGGUAGUGGUGCUAGACUAGCGUGGUACGAGAUAGACGUAGAAAAUCUUUCCACUUCGGAAAUCAUCAAUGGGAGUCGAAUGAGCCGAGGCAAGCAGCUUGUAAUGCUCUGCCCUGUCGUCAGCGAUGAGAUCAAGAGCAAGCUGAAAACGGUGGCAGCUUAUUUCGAUGAGCCAGUAACCGUUUCAGCGGGCCCCCUAAUUACUCAGGCCCGAACGUUCGAAAUCAGCAGCGAAGAAAUCCAGAGUCUCGCCGCGAUUAGCUUAAAAAGUGAGCAAAUUUGCGGACUUGACUCGCGCCAGACCGCGAAGGGUUCCGAACCUGUUGAAAACAGUAAACAGGUGCAGUCUAGCCACUUGACUCAGAACCAUUCAGCUCGCGCAACCCCUGAGACAGAAGUAGAGGAGUUAAGUAGUGAAAGCGAUAGCGCAGUAGAGGAUAGGCCUAAGCCUGUCUCAGCAAAGUCGAAAAAGAAGCCCAAAAAGAAGAAGCGAAAAGCCUCUCCACACCCGGAACGCACUAUGCCAGCAGAGAAGUUUUGCAAGCGAGAUACCGAGCACGCGCCUCAGUGUGGACGCUUGCCAUGUAGUAAAAUAUGCGAAGUAGCUGCGAACUUGUUUCUACCUACCUUUCAGAAAAUCUGGGAAAUUAUUAGAACCAUGGACAACAGUCCGCAGGCUCGUUGCUGGGUUGUGCAUUUCUGCAAGCACAAUCUACAACGCCUGAAGACCACGGCCUUUCCCCAUAAUAAGGUCGGCGGAAUCGAUUCAAAUUCGAUAUCCGACUGGGUAGCGCUAGACACGUUUUGGCCCGUAGGCAAGAGCCAUGCCGUUUUGCAUGCUAUCAACCUGCACAGCCGCGCAAGCAAAACGCACACACUUACGCGAGCCCCGAAAAUGCAGGACGCUAAGAACUUUCUAGAAAGCCUCAAGGCGUGUGGGGUUAUUGGUAAGAACAUCGUAUGCGACCAAGGCAAGGAGUUUGACAAUUCCGAAGUUCGUCAGUUUUGUCAGUUGUAUGGCUCCCAACUUUUCUUAACCCCUAAAGCCUCUUGGGUAAAUGGUACCUGCGAACGCAGACACAGAGUCUUUCGCUCUGUUCUUCACAGGCUCUAUUAUGUAUUCGGGCAGACAACUACUCUUAUCCCCAAAUUAGUCGAGCAAGCCACUAACGCUGUCAAUAUGACACCAACUAGCGCACUAGAUGGCCCAUGUCCCUACCGGGUUCAGUGGGUUAUCAAUCCCCAUAAGUUGGAGCCCCCUGGCCCUGAGGAUUUGAACGGCCAGCAGUUAGUACUCAUGCAAGACCCAGAAGUAAAAGAAGCCUACCAAAUGCGUUGCGAGGCUAGCGCCUGGAUAGAAAAAGUCAAAACUGAUAGUCAACUUGUGGCCGAAAUGAAAAAGCUACGCGAAACGCAGAGGAACUGCUACAAAGAGUCCGACGAAGUUAAACAAGGCGAACUAGUAGAGUUCUUUGAUAAAGAUAAGAAGGAGUGGAUGGGUCCAGCGACUCUAAUCCAUAGACAAGUCAACCCAGAUUCAGUAACUUUUGUAGUAGAUCACGACGGCCACUAUCGCCGUGCGCAUGCUAGUCAUAUUAGAAAGCACGCGACAGCUAGUGACAUGCUGCUACCUCCUAUGUUGUUGAAAGUCUUAUACAAGACGCACAGCAUGCCCGUGGGGCAGAGACUACCGCAAGUGGGAGAGUUUGUUGAAGAGGAAGCGAAAAUAAAAGUCGUCGGCGAUGCAUCGGACAGGCGCAAGGGCACAAGACCCACGAAAGUCAAUCAGGAUGAAUUCGAACGCGAUUCGAAACUUGAGGAAGCCCAGCCAGUGCGGCCCGGAAGUAACAAGGAGAAGCCUGCCAGCGUGCAGAAGCCUGCUAGUGAGCAGAAGGAGCCUGCGUGGCAAGAUGUGAAAGGAAUCCAGGCAGUGCGACCUGAUGAGAAGAGCCAGGCACUCCGACCUGAUGAGUCCCAUUCGCCUGCGUGGCAAGAGUAGCUCAGUGGAGCAGUCGCAGCCACUAGGGUCUGUCGACAGUGUGAAGCCCCCGACCGCUUCAGGCGGGGAAGAAGGCGCAGCCCUUUCUAAGAGGUUCCGGCUUACUAAAGAUUAUAAGGAUUCCGUGUGUAAUAGGAUAAAAGCCGAAGAAGCUGAGAAGCUUAGGAAUAUCCUAGCUAACGAGGAAACGCUUCCAGUACGUGGGGCAUGGCAUUUGCGAAAUGCAGAGCGCGGCAAGACGCUGAAGCAAAUUCGUGAACUAGUUGGGGCACAGCCCGAAACUAGAGAACUAAAGGAGAGCCAGCUGCAGACGCUAGCAGCUGACAUUGCAGAAAGGUGUAGAAAUAGUGAAGAGCUUAACCACAUAGACGAGAGAUCCCUAAUUGCUAUGCUCGCGCCUUUAAUAGUUAGAGACUGGGAAAAGGGUGAAACUUGUUUCAAAGUUGCAACCCUACCAAAGGAACAAGAAGAAUUUGACACGUCUACCGACGAGUGGCGUGCAGCUAUCGAGAAGGAACUCACAGCCCACAAGCAUGUUUUUAGAGAAGCGACCGCGGAAGAACUUUCAACCCUUAAAAAGUCAAGGAGCAGACCAAUUCCGUGCAAGAUGCCUCUGUCACGCAAGCGCUGUGGCAGAUGCAAGCGCAGAACUGUUUGCCUUGGAUUUAUGGACAAGGUUUCUUCGUAUGAUUCUUAUGCUUCUAUUCCUGAUCUUAGCCUUUUGCGCAUGUUGUUAGCACUUAAGUGUCAGGCGCCAGGAUUGUACGCAUUCCCGAGCGAUGCUACGCCAGCCUUUUUGCAAGCGCCCUACCCAACUGAUGGAGUUAUUAUCGAUUUAGAUACACGCCUACAAGCUGAACGAAACUACCGCUCCGCUGUUGUAGUCGAUGCGAUGAAUGGCCUGCGCUUGAGUAGCAAAGCGCGGGAAAGUCAUCGAGAUUCGAAACUCGAAGAGCAAAGCUGGAAACGCAAUCCAAUCGAGGCCACCCUGUGGCAACGUGGUUUGGUUUUACUUUUGGUCUUUGUUGAUAAUUUUUGGUUUUUCGGGAAGAAGGAGGAAGUCACGAAGUACCGUGAUGAACUGAAGCCAAUUUUGAAGCUAGAGCCAGAAGUAGUACGCGACGAGGGACGCUGCCGCGUCUACGAUGUUUUGGGCAUUGAGGCGUGGGAGUGUACUACCUCCGGCGAUAUUUUGCUCAGCCAAGACGUCUAUGCUUGCGCAGAAGAUUCUGGAGAGAUUCGGCGGGGAUAUUGGAAAAUCAGUCACGUUACCAAUGGAAUCUCCCCCGAACUCUGCAACAGAGGACGACCCUAAACUUUUGAAACUAAAGCAAGAAAGACUGGCAGUCUGCAGCACCUAGCUCAUACGCGUUUAGAUAUUGUAGUAGCGCUAAAAGCUUGCGCCAGGGUGGAGGCAACUGCUGAAAGCAUUGCAGCCCUGAGGCGUGUAUUUAGAUAUUUGCGAACACGUCGCGGACUGCAGUACAAGAACAACCGCGAGACCUUCGGCGAAAAGCUGGUCCUAUCGGCUUGGAGCGAUUCGGACUGGGCAUCGUUUUCGGACCGAAAAUCCAACAGCGGCGCAGUCAUCACCCUGAACGGUUGCGCGAUUGCUUGGCGCAGUGUGACUCGGCAUUCAGUGUCUACAAGUGUCAGCGAAGCUGAAAUAUAUGGCAUGAGCGAAGCGAGCAAGAUGGCUUUACGUUUCUACUAUGUAUUGGAUUCGCUACGAACUUGGUGGCGUCAGUAUUUUAGUAGCCAGAGCCUAUUGCUUCCGAUUGCUCUUGCAUGCGACAACAGUUUUGCGAUUACUUACAGCCAAGGCUCUUGCGGUGUAAAGUCUCAGCUGAAACAUUUGGACAUCAGACAUGCAUUUAUCAAGGACUUGACUCUACGCGAGUUCAUCAAACCCCUCGACCACAGUACGCAAGUCAAUCGAUCGAAUGGAUUGACUAAAGUUUGUCCCGCAAACGAAUUUUAUGAAUUCCUGAAACUCAACAGCAUCGCCGUGCUGGAAAAUUGAAAACGAACACAGAGCGAUGUGGAUGCUGGUGGACAAGUUCCGAGGAACCGAGACAGGGGGACGAGAAUCGAGAAGGAUGAUUUGACGACGGAGAUGAAGACACUUUGAAGGCCUUGAGCAAACAAACGAAGACAGUUUUACUGGAUGAAUAUUUUACAGCUUUCAACUACGCAUUGCAAACUCAUUCAGAUUAUGUCGCUUUAUAUCAGUGCACCAGCAACCAUCUACCUUGCUUACUUUUAUAUCAGCGACGUACUUUGUUUUAUCUGUUAGUAUGGACAUGGUCAGGAGUGAGGGGGACUAUGGCGAAUAAAUGAUGAACCACGCGCAGCGUAGAUUCACUCCUGUCCAAUGAUCCAAUAAGUUGCCUUUACAAUCUUGAGAGAGAUCCUGAAGGAAACACAAGGAAAGCAAUGACCUAAAUGAUCCCGGUACUUGGUGCCAAACCUGACCAGAGUCAAGUAGCUAAAUACGACCUAACUAGGCCCCUGACCUAGUCCAGACAUAGGGACGAACCUGACGGGAGUCAACCACCAAAAUGACCCCAAAAGUGACCACCUUGAUGACUCGAAUCACGUACGACCCAAAUACGUACAGGCCUUGAGUGAUAUUGCAUACCGUGAACGCUAAGAAUCUGCCCAGUAGUUAGGGGAUUAGCCUCAUCAUUACGGCUAUCCCUAAAGGAGAAACCUACUACAUCCCUUGGGGUUUUGUUCUCAACUGGUAUUGAGUCUUCUCUGUGUGGUUCGUCUUCGCACUUUCGCUUCGCAGAUCAUCAGCUCUAGGCCGUGCAAUGAUGUCGAUUGCGUCUGUCUUUGCGCACAUCAGGGACUUCGGCUGCCUUUUCUGCGCUGAAGUUACUCGCGCUUCAGGUAUGCGGUCAAUUGAAUACC